CACGUGCCUGGGUACCUGGGUGCUCGGGCAGGUACAUAGCAACAGACAUCAAUGGGUCCAUCAAUGGCCCCAGGUACCUAGGUACCAUUGGAAUCCCUGCCCUUAUUAAGAUGCCCCUUAUUGCUUUGUGUUUGACUAGAGAAAGGCUGGCGAGGGUGAGUCGUGUGAGUGAAAACAAUGCUCUGUUGUGUCCCUCACCGUCAACUAUUCUCGCUAUGCGCCAAGUAGGAGCUCAUAUACCAGUAUGGCUGAUUCUAUAGCUCGAGGAUCAAGGGGCCGCCGAGCCCGGGUAUCAUCGAGAGGAUCUUCAGCUCGCUCUUCGGCCGUUUUUGAUGAUUUUCUGUAUCCCGGGCCUUACCAGGGAUCUCAUUCUCUCCGUCCCGCCGCAUCUCGCUUCUCCUUGCACGAGCAGUUCGCCGCCACAAGGAGAGAGUACGAAUUCGGCUACGAUGAUGCCUCCUCUAUCCUGGAGCGGUACAGCACCGUCGAUGGAGACCAAGAGGACACUGUCGUCUUAGACGGGACCCAGGUGCGCACUGGCGACGAUGUGAAGUCUGGACAGCCACGGACCACUUUAGACAGGAGCUACUAUGAAUUGCUCUGUCUGCCACAAACCCCAUCUCUCUCCCCAUAUGAGAUUCGGAGGGCUUAUUAUCGGCUUGCUCAACUACUCCAUGCAGAAGGGCAGCCUCCAAAUCUGGCACCUGUGGUGGCUGCCCUGUUUAUCUCGGUCCAAAAUGCCUUCGAGACACUUAUCGAACCAUAUAGGAGGGUCAACUACGAUAUAUCAAUCACAGACCCAAGCCCAGAGCCAGAUCAGAUCGACGGCCUCGAGCAAGUUCAAGUUCAAGAAGACGCCGACGAAGAUUCGUAUGUGCCUCGACUUCGUGAGGAGUAUCUCAACUUGACCCAGGGAGAGAUUCAGACAUCCACGGACCUGAGUCUACGAGUAGAAGCAGCCACUGCCCUCUUGGGCCCUCGUCGAGGGGUUGUGCACCCGAAAUGGCGUGUUGCUGCUCCUCUGGACUUUGGUCUUCGCCAGUCUACUACUUUGGGAAUCCCGAUCCUAGGAGGGAAAAUCCAGAAGUUAGUUACCUCGACAGAAGACUGUAUUCAGACGAAGAUCCUAUCGGCACCACGGAAACAUCCUAUCCGUUGUGAAGACCCAACUGUCACCGUGACCGGAUCAAUCCACGGUCUGAUGGAUGAGCCCUUCCGGCUGGCGACCUUGCUCCUUGACCGCUACCAGCCCCCAGGUCCCUCAAUACAUGGUCCUCGUCGCUUGGAACAACUCAUGUCAUCACGUUUCCUGCCGUCCCUGAGCGUCAAACUGCGACAGGGGUUCAACUGGCGUGGAAUAGACCACGAUGUAGCGGGAACUAUACCUGCGAGGCGACCUCCCGACACUGUCGUCGAACAGGAAGUGGACCUCCUCUCAGACCCGGCGAUAACCACCCGUAUCGGUCACUCUUUCGAUCUUGCUGAUGGCGGGGAGCCAUUUGAUGUAGAGAUCUGUGUGCAAAAGAGGAUGUCCGGGGGCGUCAGUGCCCCAAGCAUGGGACUGGCAGCUCAUCGCCAAAUCGGACAUGGGACAGCCUUCGUCGCUCUGGAUGCAGGGGACUGGGCGCUGUGGCCCGCCCGAGAGUGUAGGCAGUACUCCAACUUCUCUCGGGCGACCAAGAAAUUCGCCCAUGCGGCGGUCGCUCUCCGUAACGCACCGACCGCCGAGGCUGGCUACACGUUCAGUUCCUAUGACAUGGGCCUCAGGGCCGGGCGGGCCUUCACCAGGCCUGCCGACAGGGGCGUCAGGGGCAUGGAUUUCGACAUCGACAGCGACGCGAACGGGUCCUGGACGGCCUCGCUGGGGGCCACGACCGACGUGCUCGCCGGGUAUCUCAGAUAUGGUCGGGACCUGUUCUCGUCCCUUUCGUCGUCGCAGACAUCGGACCUACCCCCUGGCAACCACAGCCACAGGGGCACCGGGAUCCGUGUCGAGGUCGAACUGGGCUGCACACAUCAGCGGGAUCUCUUCCUCGCCUGCCGGACCCUGAAGAGGAUCGGCAGGUUCUCCAAGAUCGGCUUUGAGGUCGGCCUGUCUCCCUCCAGCCUGCACCUGUCGCUAUACUGGUCCCGCCUCGGCCAGCGGAUCAACCUGCCGUUCCUCCUCGCCACCCGAUCCACCCUAAGCACGGAGCUCGUCUUCUGGAGCACCGUCGCCCCCUUCCUCGGCCUCGCGGCGAUGGAGUUCCUAUACUGGCGGCCCAGGUGCAGAUCACAGACCCGGGCAGGCCGCGUCCUCGGCAGGGCUGAUCUCCAGGAACUUAUAGCCCGGAGGAGGGCCGAGGCCGACAAGCUGACGGUCAUACUCGCGGGCGGCGUCGAGCCCCGGCAGAGGGCGGAGCGGCAGAGCGGCGGGCUGGUGAUCCUCAGCGCCAAGUACGGCGUGGCUGGAGCGCCGCCUGACGAGGUCGCCGACGUCACCGUUGCGGUUGCCGCACUCGUCGACGGCGGGCAGCUCCUCAUCCCCGAGGGGCUCAGGAAGAGUCGUCUCCUAGGCUUUUGGGAUCCGGCUCCGCUCACGACCAAGGUGCUGCUUGUGAGGUACCUGUAUCAGGGGAAGGACUACUCGGUCGAGGUUUCCGGGAGGGAGGAGCUCCGGCUGCCUUAGGUGGGAUGUCUGAUGAGGCUUGGGAUAAAUGAAUGGAUGCUAUGGCAUGACUAUGUGUAACUGAAUGAUGAUGGGCAGCGAUUUGAUAUUACAACUAUAUCCACCUCUAUGCAAUUGCCAUAGUAACCGCCCACCUUGAAUUCUGAAGUCACAACCAUCGAAGAGUUCCCAGCGUUCUCGGCCCAUAAACUGCACUCUCACACAAGAAUAAGAAUGCAGUCACUCCUCCACCUCCCUAGCGAGAACCUGUGGGUUGUCUCACGACAAAAUUGAAUGCAAAAUAUUUUAAGGGACUCAGGCGAGGCCUAGGAACAGGAGGUGGCAGGGUUGGGACAGAAUGAUAAUCAUGAGACGGGGGGUUGAUUUAUGUGUUGCGUACUGGGGGAAUCCCAGAAGUAUAUUGAUUUAUAGACUGAAGGCCUCAGCUUGAAUGACCUAGAGACACUUGGUUCGGCUUUUAUCUAUCCCC